AUUGUAAUCGGUUGUAUUUUCAAACGCUCACCGACAAAUGAAACAACGUGCAGCACAUUUAGUUUUUGGAAGGAAGUUGGACUCAGUUAUCAAUCUAAUUUUUUAAUUUUUUUUUUCUCGAUUGUGAUUUCAUUCUGUCUUGAAGCUUGUUCGCGAGUGGAAGUGAAGCAUAAAUUUCUCCUCAAUAAAAGUGAAAGUUCGAUUCUGUGAGAUUCUGAUAAGGAAUAGAAGUGACAAAAAAAAAAUAUAUAAAAUAAUUAAAAAAAAAUAAAUAUAUUUUGAGUGAAUUUUGGAACAUAAAAAAUUAUAAAUCGUGGAUUUACGAAAAUUGCACAUUUUAUCAACAUUAAUGAUGGCACUCGACGGGAAGGCAAUUAAGGAAGAGAUACCGGAUAAAGAGGUGUAUGACAGUGGAAGUGUUCGGAGAUCAAAAGGCAAAGAGCAGUGCCAUACGCCAGACUCACCAGAAGGAGCAAGAGUCAUUGCACCCCGAUCUCCCAUAUCUCCACACCACAUUCAUCCCAUCACAACAAUGAUACCAGCAUCAACAAAUCGAAGUUCGAGUGUCAAUCGUCAUAAUAGUUCAUCGCCAACAAAUAAUGGAACACCGCCACCAACUGCUUCUGCUACGGCCCUCAUCACUGGAAAUACGGUAACAUCUGUUCAUGACAGUCAACGUUUAUUAAAGAUAAGAAGAUUUUUGGGUGCUCUCGUGCAAUUUGGUCAAGAUACCAAUCCAGAUGUUGGCGAUAGACUGCGUUCAUUAGUGCUAUCACUUGCUAGUGGUGGACUGUCAAUUGAAGAAUUCCAAAUAGCUGUGCAGGAGGCAACAAAUUUUCCAUUAAGGCCAAAUGUAUUGCCAUUUUUACGUUCACAUUUACCGCUUCUACAACGCGAAAUCAACAGUAUGGCUCGCGUUAGCAAGCAAUCUGCACUUCAGUAUGUACGAACAAAUGAAAGUUCCGUUAUGGAAUUACUACAUAAUCCAACUGAUGCUCAUAGCGAUAUUUUCCUAUCUAAUGAAAGUAAUUUUAAUGGAAGCAAUGGAUUGAAUUUGAAACGACGUGCAACUGAAACUCUGCUAUACGACUCACACAUAACCAGUGGCACUAAUUUAUCAUCGCAUGAAUGGAGCGACUACAUUUCACCUGCAAAACGACCACAUCAUUCAUUGAUGCUCUCAUCAGCUUUGCCGCAUUUAAUAAAUCAUCCAUCUUUGUUUGAAUAUCAAGCAAACGGGAUCCAUUCACAUCAAGAACAACAAAUGCACAAUACCCGUGAAGAACGUGAUCUCAGAUCAAUAAAUACAGAAACUCCGCGUGGGAAUAACCGGGUUAGUGCUGGUGCCAGCAGUCAAGUAAAUGGAACAUCAUCAUCAUCGGGUAGUGGCGAUGAAGAAUGGCGCAAUAUUCACACAAUGUUAUCAUGUAUAAGUGGAAUGGUUGAUAAGACGAAACGUGCCAUUUCCAUUCUACAACAUCGUGGAACAGAUAGCGUGUCAAGUUCACAUCACCAUGAAUCGACAGUGAUUAGUGAUAUUAGGCGUCAAACUGAAGAAAAAAUUGCUGAAUUUCGACGAAAUGCUGAAGAUGCUGUCAAUCAGGUAAAAAGACAGGCUGUACUAGAAAUACAAAGAGCUGUUGCUGCAGCUGAAACUCGUGCUGUUGAGAUGAUUGCUCAAGAACGUAUUAAAAUGGAGAAGAUUUACAGUGAAAUGAAUCGAGUUGGUGAUGGAAGUGAAAGUACUGAACAAACAACUGGAUCUAAUUCAUGCUGGAACUGUGGACGAAAAGCUAAUGAAACGUGUUCGGGCUGUAACUUAGCACGUUAUUGUGGAGCAUUUUGUCAACACAAAGAUUGGGAAAGUCAUCAUCAAGCAUGUGGAGCAAAUGCACGUUCAACUGAAUCUCAAACUUCUGCACAAGCUCCCCAAAAAACCACACCGACACAGCCAACGCGAUCAACAGUAAAUCCAAGCUCAAACAGCUCUUCACGGUCCUCGCCAACAAAUCAAACUUCAUCCUCUUCUGGAACGAAUGGAAUUGUCACAACGCCCAAGUGACGGAAUAAGCUCAUGAAGCCCAAAAAGAAAUACUUGUGCUAGUCAACUGGAAAAAGUAUCCUCAAAAUGAAUGAAAAUCCUGGAUGUACAAUUAAUUGAUAAAUUUAUUAAUAUCUAUGAAACUUAAUUUUAAAGAGAUUUUCUGAUCUGAUGAAAAUGAAUCUAUUGUUUUUGUGAAAUCAUCUUGUAAGCUACUUGCUAAAGGAACUUAGAUAUUGAGGAUUGGUCAAUUCCUCAUCAAACUACAAUUAUACGUAAAAUGGAAGAUAAAGAAUUGAUGAUAAUAGUUAAUAAUUAAAAGAAAAGCUUAGAACUUUAAGCUUGAUGAGAUAAUGUUGAAGCUAAUUUAAAACCAAAAAAUAAAGAAAAGAUUAAUUAAUAAAAAAAAAUCAAUUAGUAUAGAUGUAAAUAAUAAGAACAAUUUUCCUUCCCC